AUGGAAUCACCUGCAGAUCGGCCGUCUGAGUCGUAUCCACCUUCGCGUAGGUGUCCGAAUAGACAACAGCGGAAGGCAUGUGAUCUCUGCCGCCGGCGGAAAGUACGAUGUGAUAUUGUUGACAGACCUGGUGGACCAUGCUCUGUUUGUGAAAGGUCCGAGAUAGAAUGCCGAUCUACCACUCAAUGGGCUAGGCCAAAUCGUCAGCCACCGAAUACCCGCCGUGCUCGCUUUCAGUCCAUAGGAGGUCGGCCAUCUGCUUCUACUGAGAGUAUAGAAUUGUCAAGUUGUGCUCAGCUCGAGUGGAACUCUGGGGAUGCUAUCCCUGACCAGGAUAAUGCAGAUUAUGAUAGCACUGAGGGCCUUCAAAGAAAUGACAGGGUUGCGUUAACAUUGGGUGCAUCAACGGCAGCAUCUUCGUCUCGUCGAUCGCCUCCCCUCAAUCGCGCACCCAUAUACACGUCGGCAGACGAAAGAGAGAAUUUUGCCCGAAGUGGACUGGCUCGGUUUUUCAAGCAUGGAAUUAACGCAGGUGCAUGGGGUGUAUUCGAAUCGUUGAACAGUUUUCGUAUUGCUUAUGUUGGCACAGCUGUUUCCAAUCUGGUUCAUCUAGUCCGGCUUCAUCGCGCAUCUGCACAUGCACCUGGCUCUAGACCUACUAGUCAAAUCAGCCCGGAACAAUCACUCCCCUUCUCCACCUCACCCACCAAUUUGGACGGCAUUGUACUGGAUGAUUCCAACACGCGUAAUGAUCUAGAUUGGAGAAAUAGUGUUGUUCACUACCCAUAUCCUCCAAUUCGCCCGAAAAAUGGAUGGAAGCCCGGACCAGAGGCAUGGAAUGGUAUGUUAGCACACGACCUUGCAACGGAAGUCUCGUCUUUCCCGGCCGUGGAGAUACGCGAUGCUUUGGUGGAUGCAUAUUUUAAGCACAUUCAUCCAUUCCAUCCUGUUAUCUCCAUGCCGGAGUUUAUGGUAGCGUAUAAGUCGAAAGAUAAUCCGCCACCAUUAUUACUCUUUCAGGCAGUGCUAACGGCCGGGGCUCACGCUUGCUCACAUCCUCUAGUUGCUAGCGCGCGACAUGCGGUGAAAACCACUCUCUAUCGCCGAGCAAGCAUGCUCUUUCACAUGCGUCACGAAACGGACCGUGUUUACUUGAUGCAGGCCGCGAUGCUGUUUACUCGCCAUAUAGGAGACGGCGAUACCGUCACCACUGGGCCCUGGUACUGGAGUGGAGUUGCGAUUCGCAUCGGAUGCGGACUAGGAAUGCACCGACAUAGCCCCAUCUUACCUCCAAUAGAGACUUCACAAUAUCGACGUUGCUGGUGGUCAGCAUUCAUCUGUGAGGUAUUCUCGUCUCUGGAAACAGGACGACCAUGCGCCGUUCGCGCCGGGGACAUGGAUCAACUGCCUUUAUCUGCCAAAGACAUGACAGACACGGCGUCGCCAAGUAGUGAUUCAGGCCCGUAUCCAAAUUUUCUCAUUCAAAUGGUCGACCUUGCCCAUAUCGGUCUUGAUAUAUUAGCCCUAAGCGAGCCCGUUCAGCAGCACGUGAUCGACGUGCAUGGCAUCAACGCUCGGCUGUGCCAGUGGUCUCUUACAUCCGGUAUACCCUCCUCGCCCGAAGAGGAAAGUUCAUGGGACUGUCAACUGCAAAUGCACUAUAACCUCAUGCUGUUACAUCUUCACCGGAACUUUCCUACGGGACUGAAAAGCCAGGAUGUAUGCUCCGUAGCUGCUAAUGCCAUUAUCAGGGCCCUCGAAAGACUUGUAGCCCUAGACUGUCUUUGCCAGUGUCACUUUACUGCCGUCAGCGCUAUCACAGCGGCUGGAAUUCAGCUCGCUAAUGAGGUUCGCCUAGCAAUCACUGUAGGAUCGUUUCUGGUGGCUCUCAAUGGUCUUGAAAAUUUGAACAGACUACUCCGAUCUGCUAUGUUGUUAGCUAGGUACUGGCCCAACGCGGAAGCUGUGCACAGCUUGUUUCAGGAGAUAUAUCACGAAUACAAGACAUAUAUAACCAAGGGUCUACACGGUGAGCCGGUAAUGGUCUCUGAGAACCAGCCAGACUGGUAUCGCUUGUUGGCUGGGACACAACCAGUACAGCCGAAUUAUGUUCCACCGGAUUGGAUGAAUAUUGCCAAUGAGUCGUACCCAUUAUAA